ACAACUCUCAGAACCUAAAGAAAGGAAGACAAAAUUUCGACUCUUACAAUGUUUAGCUGGCCAGCUUCUUAAUCAAGAAAUUGCACAAAAUUAAUUUAUUCUGUUUUUGAGACGUCCCUUGAGCAGUUAGUUAGAGAAAAUAAAAAAUGUUAACGGAAAAGUUAAUAAAACAAAAAAAGGAAUCCAUAUUGAAAAUUUCUUUCUCCUACCAAGUAGGUGUAAAAUACAACAAAGGAACAAGAAAAAACCCAGUAUGACAGACUGAUCAGUAAACUUGUGGUUACCAGCAUUUUCAUACAUGAUAGUCCUUUUCGGUUGUCAUUAUGCAAAUCGUCUUGUUAGAUGUCUUGUGGACUUCAGCGCUGAUACAUAUAUAUAUAUGUGUAUGUAUAUAAAUAUAUAUAUGUGUAUGUAUAUAUACCAACUUUUAUACCUUAAAAUGAACAUUUAUAUUUAUGUUGCUUUUUUCCUGCUUGAAUUUGCACGGCACUCUACCUCGAUCUCGUUUCAUGCCUAAGGAUUUUCCAUUCUUUAGAAUAUUGUUAUAUAAUGUCAACAUUCUAGAGUUUGUUAUACAUAAAAGUAAAUAAAUAAAUAAAUAAUAAAUAAAACGUGAAACUUUAUUAAUUUUACGUUUGGGAUAAUUAUAUCACUGGUCUCAUCUGUUAUACUAAUGGCAGAUAGUAUUUUCUUCCAAAAUCAAACUAAAAAGGUUGACGGCCGCAGCCAGGUAAAUUCUUUAUAGGAGCUUUGGUAUUCUCGCACUGCUCUAACUUAUGCAUAUAAAUACACAUACACACACAUUCACUCACUCCAUGGCCGGCCUUGUCAUCUUAUAUUCAUCAUCAUGGAAACCAAACAAACACCACACGGUUUCAAAGUAUGCCCAUGGUAUAAGGAAAAGGAAAUAAAAUACUAUAAUAGGAAUCAACGGUCAACCGUCCCACACAUCAAAAUCCAUCACUCAUGGAAAUCCAAUUUUCAUAUUCUCUACCCUUUCAUGCAAGUUUAUGUUGUAAAUGGUCUUAUUUCUGCUGCUGAUCAGAAACGUUGUCAAGCUUUUCUUUGUAGCCAAUUUCUUGAUUAAUGUCAAUUACACCGACUAGCAGUAUACCAGCUGCGGAGACAGCUGCAAUUAUUGUAAGCUUGGUUUUAAUUGUUGGGAAGAUCAUUAUUUUGUUUGUGGUAUGUCGCAAAAGAGCGGAAAUAGGAAAAACCUCUGAUAAUACUCAGGACUCUCGUUUUCUGACAUUAACAAUGGAUAAAUUCCUCAAUGAUAUGGAAAGAGAGAAGCCUAUCAGGUUCACUUCUCAGCAACUCCGGAUUGCUACUGAUAACUUCACCAACUUGUUGGGUUCUGGAGGAUUUGGAGCAGUUUAUAAAGGGAUUUUUAGUAAUGGAACCAUUGUUGCAGUGAAGGUUUUGUAUGCGAAUUCUAACAAGAGAAUUGAAGAGCAGUUUAUGGCAGAAGUGAGUACAAUUGGGAGACUUUAUCAUUUUAAUUUAGUCCGUCUUUAUGGUUUCUGCUUCGAGAGGAACCUGAGAGCACUUGUUUACGAGUAUAUGAAAAAUGGCUCUCUUGACAAGUAUUUAUUCCGCGAUCAUAAAACCUUAGGAUUUGAAAAUCUUCAUCAAAUUGCAGUGGGGACAGCAAGAGGAAUUGCCUACUUGCAUGAAGAAUGCCAACAUCGAAUUAUACAUUAUGAUAUAAAACCUGGUAACAUUCUAUUGGAUGGGAGUUUCUCUCCUAAAGUAGCUGAUUUCGGUUUGGCCAAGUUGUGUAACAGAGAAAAUACUCACAUAACCAUGACAGGAGGGAGGGGAACUCCUGGUUAUGCAGCACCAGAACUGUGGAUGCCAUUUCCUAUAACCCAUAAAUGCGAUGUUUUCAGCUUUGGGAUGCUUUUAUUUGAGAUUAUAGGUAGGAGAAGGAACCUUGACAUUAGUCUUCCAGAGAGCCAAAAAUGGUUUCCAAAGUGGGUAUGGAAAAAAUUUGAAUCCGGAGAAGUUGGAGACUUGAUCAUUGUGUGUGGAAUAGAGGAGAAAGAUAGGAAAAUGGCAGAGAGAAUGGUUAAAGUAGCUCUUUGGUGUGUUCAGCACAGGCCUCAAUUGAGACCAUCAAUGAGUGUUGUGGUGAAAAUGUUGGAAGGAGCUGUGGAGAUUCCUACACCUAUAAACCCAUUUGAGUAUAUGAUUUCUGAGAUUCCAUGCCCUGCUCUACCUCCGCAUGCAUCACAGACAAGUAGCAUUUUGGAUUCGGAUUCCUCCCAGAUGACAACAGGAUCUAACUUAGUGCAUGCAACUCCUAUCAUGAAGAAAUAUGAGAUUGAAAUAGCCUGAAGAAUCUCUCUUCUAUCUUCUUCGUUUCUUUUGUUUUCCUUUUUUAUUUCAUUUUUUAAUUUUUAUGAGAAUACUUUUGAUUGUUGAAGUUUUUUUGAUCAUACGUCAAUUGAAACUAUGCUAAAAUCGACACUGGUGUUUUCCUGUAUAAUUAUUUAGACACGAAUCAAAUGUUAUUAUGUAUGUACAAAGGACAACAUUUUGUUUUGAGUCU